AUGCUUGGUACAACUUUGCGAUUUUUUAAUGGUUCGUUAACGAGGUUAUCACGGCGAUGCAUCACAUCCAGACAAUUAAUGUACGAUAAGUACGGUGAUCCUUUGAAGGUUCUCGAAUUGAAAGAUGUUGAAAUUCCUGGGAAAGUUGAAGCUAACGAAGUAAGGAUAAGGUGGUUGGCAGCAACCAUAAAUCCAGCAGAUAUAAAUCAAGUGCAAGGCACAUAUCCAAUUAAACCUCAAUUACCGGCAGUUGGUGGAAGUGAAGGUUUCGGAGAAGUGGAAGCGGUUGGAAGUAGUGUUAAAGAAGUUGAAGUUGGAGAUUGGGUUGUGGCGGCGCAUUCCGGGUUAGGAUGUUGGCGUACACGUGGUGUUUAUAAGGAUGAAGACGUUGCAAAGAUCGAUAAAAAUUUGUCCAUCGAGGAAGCGGCUUCUUUCCAAGUCAAUCCGCCAACAGCAUACCGAAUGCUGAAAGAUUUUGUUGAUCUCAAACCAGGUGAUUUGGUUGUUCAGAAUGGUGCCAAUUCUGCUGUUGGCAGAGCCGUAAUUCAGAUUGCUCAUGCGAAAGCUUUACGAACGGUGAAUGUGAUUCGAAAUCGUUCAAACGUCAACGAAUUGAUCGAUGAGUUAAAAUCAUUGGGUGCAGAUGAAGUAUUUACGGAAGAGGAAAUGAAGAAGGAAAUUAGAGGAAAGGCCAAAAACGCGAGGUUAGCGCUGAACUGUGUGGGUGGUAAGAAUGCGUUAAUGCUUGCAAGUUGUCUCGCUAAUAAGGGUGUUAUGGUGACUUAUGGAGGUAUGAGCAAGCAACCGAUCCAGGUACCAACUGGUCCGUUUAUAUUCAAGGAUAUUCAGCUCGUUGGUUUCUGGAUGUCACGUUGGUACACGUAUCCUGAAAAUAAACCAGAACGUGAGAAUAUGUUCAAAGAACUGAACGAGUUGGUGAGAAGUGGUCGAUUCAAGACUCCGCAUUUCCAAAAAGUUAGUUUGGAUGACUGGAAAAAGGCAAUCACUGACGCAGUUACUUCAUCUGAUAAAAAACAGCUUUUUGUUUAUUGAUGAUGUUUUAGUUGAAUUUUAAUUGCUCUUUUUGAUUGUGUUAUCUAAAUUCGUGCCUUUCUUUCUAGUCACCGUAGCUCACGAUUCUUGUUUGGUUGUGUUCCGAGUAAAAUUACUGGUACUUUUGUUCUUGUAUUGUUGAUAAUAAUGUUAGCGUUGCGUUGCUUAUUUCUCGCUCUAUGAUGUUUGCUGCAUGGAUUUGUGGCCAGCAUUCUUAUUUGCUAUUUCUCAUUGUGUCCACUUAAUGCCAACAAGCGAUCAUAAAAUUUC